GCGCCGGGCUAAUGGAGGCGACUUAGACAGGAGCAGGCGCGGCCCCUCGUCUCUCGGCGCUGCCUGCUCCCCCCAGCACCGGGCGCGGCGCCCCCCGCCGAGCCGCCGUCCAAGCGCCGCCGGGCCCGCGGGACUGCCUGGCCGCUUGCGCUGCCCCGAUGAUGUUACCGAGCCCCGUCACCUCCACCCCCUUCUCUGUCAAAGACAUCCUCAACCUGGAGCAGCAACAGGACCCGCACUAUGGGGCCCAGCUCCCGCACCACCUGGAGCACCACUUCCACCCCGCCGCCUGCCUGCUGGCGGCCGCCGACGGCGCCCGUUUCUCCGACGGCGAGGAGGAAGAGGAGGAGGAGAAGCUGUCCUACCUGAGCUCCAUGGCAGCGCCCGGCAGCCAGGCGGACGCAAGGAUCUCCGCCGACAACUACGUGCACGCCGUGCUACGCGGCUCCUGCGAGGGCCCCGGCCCGGGAGAGGAGCUGGACCCUGCGGCCCGCACCCCAAAGAGCUGCGUCCUGAAGAAGCCACUGGAUGCAGCAGAGAAGGCGGAGGAGGCAGAGAGGCCGAAGCAGCGGAGCCGAAGGAAGCCGCGCGUCCUCUUCUCCCAGGCUCAGGUCUUCGAGCUGGAGCGGCGGUUCAAGCAGCAGCGUUACCUGUCGGCGCCCGAGCGGGAGCACCUGGCCAGCAGCCUCAAGCUCACUUCCACGCAGGUGAAGAUCUGGUUCCAGAACCGGCGCUACAAGUGCAAGCGGCAGCGGCAGGACAAGUCGCUGGAGCUGGGCGGCCCCGCGGCCCCGCCGCCGCCGCGGAGGGUGGCCGUGCCCGUGCUGGUCCGCGACGGCAAACCGUGCCUCGGCGGGUCGCAGGGCUACAGCUCGGCGUACAACGGGCCCUACUCCUACAACGGCUUCCCCGCCUACGGCUACGGCAAUGCCGCCUCCUACAACCCCGGCUACGGCUGCACCUACCCGGCGGGCACCGGCGGCGCCUCCAUGCAAGCCGCCUGCAGCCCGGCGGCGGCCGCCGGUCCCUUCGUGAACGUGGGCAGCCUGGGGGGCUUCGGCGGUGGCGGCCAGCCGCUGCACCAGGCGGCGGCGGGGCCCUCCUGCAGCCAGGGCGCACUGCAGGGCAUCCGGGCCUGGUAGCCCGCACGCACUGAGGGCCGGGAGCGGACCGGCAGGACGGCCCGGCGGCUCCAGGGCCCCGUUAUCACCCGCACCGCA